AUGAGCAACGCCCACCUCUUCUGGAGACCAAACGCCGCGCGGCCCGCGGCUGCGGCAUUGAGCUUUGUGGACCGCGACCGCGCCGGCGACGAGGAGGCCACCGCCGUCGGCUCGUGGAAUCCGAAUGAGCGGCUCAGCCUCGCGCAGCAGCGGCUGCGGCUGCCCAUCUUUGCCAACCGGCGCGAGCUGCUGUACAUGGUGGAGCGGUACCGGACGACCGUCGUCGUCGGCCACACCGGGUGCGGCAAGACGACGCAGAUCCCGCAGUACCUGCACGAGGCGGGUUGGACGGCCGGUGGGCGCGUCGUCGGCUGCACUCAGCCCCGUCGCGUCGCGGCGGUCUCGGUCGCACAGCGCGUCGCAGAGGAGAUGGGGGAGGCGCUCGGAGGCACGGUCGGGUAUGCGGUCCGCUUCGACGACUGCUGCUCGCGCGAGGCCACGCGGCUCAAGUUCAUGACGGACGGGCUGCUGCUGACCGAGUUCAUGAGCGACCCGCUGCUCUCUCGCUACUCCGUCUUGAUGGUGGACGAGGCGCACGAGCGCUCGCUGACCACGGACGUGCUGCUCGGGCUGCUCAAGAAGCUUCUCCACGCGCGAGACGACCUCCGCCUCAUCGUCGCGUCCGCCACCGUCGACGCUCUCCGCUUCAAAGAGUUCUUCGAGCUCCGCAGAGACGUCCUCCUCUUCCUCACGGGGCAGCAGGAGACUUCCGUCACCAUCGACGGCGUGGUCUUUGUCGUGGACUGCGGCUGGACAAAGCAGCGGCAGCAGAACCCGAGCACUCUGCACGAGGCCCUCGUCGUCGCGUCCUACCACGGCUUGCCCGCCCACAACCCGCCAGAGAUGCAGCGCUGCUCGCUGGCGGCGGUCACGCUGCAGCUCAAGGCGCUUGGCAUCCAAAACGUGCUCCGGUUCGACUUCCUCUCGCCGCCGCCGCCAGAGUCGCUCUCGCGCGCCCUCGAGCUCCUGUUCGCCCUCGGCGCCCUCACCGAGGCCGGGGAGCUGACCCAGCCCAUCGGCGACCGCAUGGCGCGGCUACCUCUCGAGCCCCAGCUGGCGGCGAUGCUCCUCGCUGCAGAGGAGGAGGCGUGCGUGGAGGAGGCUGCAGCCGUCGCCGCCCUCCUCUCGGUCCAGUCCGUCUUCACUGUCUCGCGCGCCAAGGAGCUCGAGGCCGCGCGCGCGCCCUUUGCCGUGUACGAGGGCGACUCGGUGACGCUCCUCAACGUGCACCGCCGGUUUCUGCGGCAGCUCAAGCGGCACGGGUCGGCGCGGGCGGGCAGCUGGUGCCGCAGGCACCGGCUCAACGAGCGGGCGCAGCUGCUGCGCCAGCUCGCGAGGCUGGGAGUCGCAUCUUGCAGCGCGGCGGAGCGGCCAGACCUCGAUUCCGCGCUAUUCGACGGCAUUCAGCCGCAUUCACUGACCGGCACCGACGGCGUGCGGCGCGCGAUCGUGCGCGGCUACUUCGUGUCGGCCGCGCAGGUCGUCACGGGGGGCGAGUACGCGGCGACCCACACCGGCGCCGCCCUCUCCCUCAACCCCAACUCGGCCCUCUGGCGGGCGCCGCCCGAGUGGAUCGUCUUCCACGAGACGGCCUUCACGGCGGAGAAGGAGUACGUGCUCUCCGCCACCAAGAUCGAGAGGGAGUGGCUCACCGAGCUCAAGGGCCCAUCGGACUUCUUCGAGGUUGUGAGUCAGCAGCGCACGUGA